ACUGCAUGUGUUUGUUUAUUGAGUAUUGUGUUUAGGUUUUUACUGACGUUGUUGUGGCCUGGUUAAUACCCUUUAAAGUUUUCGUUUUCGUGGCCCUAACUCUUGCUUAUGAUUUACGCACUUUUAUGGAUUAUUAUUAGUUUAAAAAAUGCAAAUCACCUUUGUGAUUAGGAAUUUUAUUAUUGGAAAGGUUUUUACUUGCUCUCUAGAGGUUUGUUUCACAUUGAAUUCUGAUCUAUUUUAGUCAGUGCUUAUUUAUCAUGGGUAAAGAAAAGGCUCGUAUCAACAUCGUGUUCAUUGGACACGUCGAUUCUGGGAAGUCAACCACCGCUGGGCACUUGAUUUACAAGCUAGGUGGAAUAACUGACAAGGAAUUGUUACGGAAGCUCAACAAACGUUCAUUCAGGUAUGCUUGGGUGUUGGACAAGCUCAAGGCAGAGCGUGAGCACGGUAAGACAAUUGACAUCACGUUGUCAAAGUUUGAGACUGCUCGCUAUAACUUCACUGUCAUUGAUACCCCGGGGCAUCGUGACUAUAUCAAGAACAUCAUCACUGGAACCUCCAUGGCUGACUGUGCGGUUCUCGUCAUUGACUCGGCCCUUGAGAAUUGUACAUAUGGAAUUUCCUUGGGACAGACUCAUGAAAACAUUUUGCUUGCAUAUGUACUUGGCAUCAAGCAAAUGAUUUGCUGCUGCAACAAGAUGGAUGCUACUAAACCGAAAUACUCGGAACCCACGUUUCGUUCAAUUGUCCAAAGAAUGUCCAUCUACUUUGCGAAAAUUGGAUACAGACCUCAUGAAAUCUCGUACGUCCCAAUUUCUGCUUUGGGAGGCGAGAACAUGUUUCGUAGAUCACGUAAACUGAGCUGGUAUGAGGGUCCAACUCUAUGUGAUGCCCUUGACAAAAUCAUUGAGCCAAGAAGACCAUCUGAGUUGCCUCUCCGCCUUCCACUUAGCAAUGUCUUCAACAUUGAUAAGAUUGGAACCGUGGCAGUGGGCCGUGUUGAAACAGGUUUGAUCAAACCAGGGAUGAUGGUCACUUUUGGCCCAAGUGGUUUGACAACUGAAGUCAAAUCUGUUGAGAUGCACAAGAAAAAUAUGUCUUCGGCAGUUGCAGGAGACUAUGUUGGUUUCCACCUUGAGUAUGCGGACGUAAAGGCUCUUAAACGUGGGUACGUUGCUUCAAACUCUGUGGAUGACCCUGCAAGUGGUGCUGUUAGUUUUAUAUCUCAUCUCGUUGUCACGAACCAUCCGGGGGGUGAACUUAGAAAUGGGUAUACACCAUUGCUUCAUUGUCAUACUUCUCACGUUGCUGUCAAGUUUGAGAAGAUCUUGUCAAAGAUUGACCCCAAGUCUUUUGAGGAGCUGGAGAAGGAACCUGAUUUCUUGAAAAAUGGUGAUGCUGGAAUUGUGAAGAUGGUUCCAAUCAAGCCGAUUGUGGUUGAAGCUUUCGCUAAGUAUCCUCCAUUGGGUCGGUUUGUUGUGAGUGACAGGCAGCAAAUUAUUGGUGUGGGUGUGAUCAUGUCAGUGGAUAAUGGAGGAGGAUCCGCAUGCAGAUCCAGCUGAAUGAUUGGUGGUUUGUUUUAUGAAUAACUUAAGUAGUAGUGGUUCCGUGUUUGUUGUUAGUUUGGCCUACAAAUGCGUCCCAUUUAGAACUCAAGCAGCAUAUUUCGAUGUCUAUGUAUGCAUAUUUGUUCCCGUAUCAUAAAAUCUUGUACAUGCCCUCCAACUGAAAGAAAAAGAAAGUACUAUGUAUAAGACUGAAACUUUCACAUGU